AUGGGUUUCUUUGACCACUUACAGAAAGGCAACGGAUUUUCGCUGCAAGCCAAAAAGCCUCAAAUCCGCAAAGUUGUCACCCAGAAAAAGCCCGUUCCCCAGUCACAGUCACGCUCGUCAUCUGCCGGAACCACCGAUUCUCACCUAUCGCCGCCAGUCAGGUCUACGCCUAUUGCGAAAAGCCGAAGUUCGAGCACCCCGUAUCGGAAUAGCGAAGUCUCCCCAAAGCAGCGACUUCGAACCACGGUUUCUCGCCGGAACCUCAAGCGGCCGUCGCCAAUCCAGCGACUCGAGAGCGAUGACGAUGAUGACGACGAAAAUGAUACGGAUACCUCCUUCGAAGUUCGCAAGCGCACGAAAUUGAGGGACAGCGUCGAACCGGAUUUGGCCCGUCGCAUAAGGUCAGCGGAAGCAUUUUCCAAGGAUGGGCCCAAGGCCCUCAAGAUGGUCCAUGCAGCAGAUAUCACCGCCGCGAAGGCCGUGGGGAAAUACAAGCCGGCAUUUGAGAAAGGGGCCGACAAGGACUUUUCUGAAAUUAGAUUACAGUACCCGAGUAUAUUGAGAGGCGAGCGAUACCAACUGGGAGUCCCGAAGGAGAAUGACGAUUUCAAGCCACUCGACGAUAUCGUUCAGGUGGUCGAAAUGGUUUCUCAGUACUAUAUCCCCGAGGAUAUGCUUGACGACUUCAACCACGAGUCCACAGGGAUUAAGAGGCGGAUUCGUCGAGCUUUUGCGCAUACCUCUGAAGACGAAUUUCGAGAAGUGAUAUCCGACUACAAUCGCCUUGUACAGAAAUAUGUAUCCGACGGGUCUAUCGCAAAGCAUCUAGACGAAACGCAUGCAUUGCAGUUACCUCUUGUGGAGCGCAUAUUGACGCAGAUCUAUUCCCGGACGGUUUCGCCCCGAGUCGACUCGCUACGUCAAUAUGAAAAUGGAACUGAUAAUGUAUAUGGAGAGCUUUUGCCUCGGUUUAUUAGCACCAUCUUCAAAGAAACGCAUCUAAAGUCCGGUCAGGUAUUUGUCGAUCUGGGAUCCGGAGUUGGCAAUGUGGUUCUACAAGCAGCACUCGAAAUCGGAUGCGAGAGCUGGGGGUGCGAAAUGAUGCCCAAUGCCUGCACUUUGGCCGACUUGCAACAAGCCGAGUUCAAGGCACGAUGUCGUCUGUGGGGAAUUACGCCGGGAAAGACUCGCCUUGUCCAGGGCGACUUUCUCACAGAACAAAGCAUUAUCGAGGUUCUCAAAAGAGCCGACGUCGUGCUCAUCAACAACCAAGCUUUCACCCCGCAACUCAACAACGAGUUAAUCAACCACUUUUUGGAUAUGAAGGAAGGCUGCAAGAUUGUCUCGCUCAAAUCCUUCGUGCCCGCUGGCCACAAGAUUACAUCGCGAAAUUUGAACUCGCCUAUCAAUCUUCUGGACGUCCGGCAACUAAAUUACUGGUCCGACUCUGUGAGUUGGACGGAUGUGGGCGGUACCUAUUUUAUCGCCAAAAAGGACAGUUCCAGAUUGAAAGCGUUUGCUGAUAGUCAGGGAUACUGA